GUAGCACUGGAGAUGUUCGUGCGCUCACCGUGUCUCUACCUACUCGUACUUCUUGUCAUAUGGACACGUGACGUUAAUGGCGGAGCACGUACACCAUUCUUUGACUUGACAGUCUACAAUGACUGGCCACAGUUUGAAGACUAUAUCAAAGGAGUUGCACAUGAUAAUCCAUCUUUUGUUCAAUUAAAAACUAUCGGAAGAACAAGAGAAGGACGUCCACUUCUCGGGGUUCGUAUUGGAAAACCAGCACUUCCAGGGAAACGAAAAAUUGCUGUUUGGUUGGAUGGUGGGAAUCAUGCAAGAGAAUGGCCUGCUUUCCACGUGGCUGUCUACUUCAUUGAAAAGCUGGUCAAUGGCUACCUCAGUGACGAUAAGAUCACAAAAUACGUGGAGACAUUGGAUAUUUAUGUGUUUCCCGUUCUUAAUCCUGAUGGAUUUGUCUACUCGCGAACAUCAACAAGAGCUAUGAUCCGACAGUGGCGUAAAAAUAGAGCACCGGAAAAUUGUACUGGUACAGGACCAUUCCAAACGGAUAUAUGUUGUGAAGGAGUUGAUUUGAAUAGAAACUAUGAUAUUGGAUUUUCGCAUAAAAAUUAUCCAUUCAACAAUCCAUGCUCGGACGAGUUUCAGGGUCCCCGACCAUUCUCUGAGCCAGAAACGAGAGCCGUCAGAGAUUUCAUUAUGUCGUCUGAAAUAUACGGAAGGCUUUAUGCACUUGUAUCAAUGCACACUCACGGCCAACUCUGGAUAUUACCAUAUAAUUAUCAAAAAAGAACGUAUCCUCAAGAUAUCAAGGAUCUGGAAAUUCUGGCAAACAGAGCAGCUGAUCGCGUUUUCGCUUAUCGGGAGACAAAAUAUCGAGUUGGAACUGCAGCAGAUAUGCUUGGAACAGCAACUGGAGGAGCAACUGAUUGGAUUAAAAAGAAUACUCCGACAAAAUAUGUCUAUGUACUGGAAUUGCCACCUGAUAUGAAAACUUGGUUCGCAUUCCAAGUCAAACCACAUUGGCUUAUUCCAAUUGGAAAAGAGACAUGGCUUGGAAUUGAAGUAAUAUUCGAUCAGGUAGUUGAGGAAACCAAGAACUUUCAACCGACUGAACCAACUACAAACGGAACAUCAGCAGACAGUAGAUCUCCUCGAUUCAGACAGCUAUAACAAACAAAUCAACACGUGUCUUUGGACGACGACGAACUUGUCAAGAAGCGGGUUUCUACCAUUUUUGUCUUUGUUAGACUUGAAAUCAAUAAACUUAAUAACAAUGU